UCCUCCCCUGCAGUUUACAUCUCUGUUGAUAGUUUUGUGACACCCUGAUGCGUCGAAAGUACACUGCGUCUGACACUAAACGACGAUUUUGCUCUGGUAAUUAACACCUUACAAUAUCCCUAGUCGUAGCUACUUACAACUUCUCCCUAUCACUUCGUUCGGAAAUGGACACGUUGGGCCCCAGAUUCUUGUAAAGGAAGCCGUCUUCGUAACAGGGAGGCUAUGUUAACCGUGGAGGGCGUCUGCAAGAUGGAGAACGGUGUCUGCGUGGACGCCGCGGAGAAGGACAGCGAGGAGGCCCUAUGGGAGAACGUGGAGAACAACCGCUACAUCCUCUGCCGCUACAUCUGCCCCAGCAAGCUGACCCCGUACCUGCGGCAGUGCAAGGCCAUCGACGAGCAGGAUGAGGACGAGGUGCUACACUCCUGCAUGCUGGUGUCCAGGGUCAACCGCACAGGUCGGUUGUUGGACAUCCUGCACACCAAAGGCCAGCGGGGGUACGUGGUAUUCCUGGAGAGCCUGGAGUUUUACUACCCAGACCUCUAUAAGCUGGUCACGGGGAAUGAGCCCACCCGCAGGUUCUCCACUAUUGUAGUGGAGGAAGGCCACGAGGCCUUGACUCAGUUCCUGAUGAACGAGGUCAUGAAACUGCGGCAGCAGGCCAAGGCGAAGGACGCCCAGCAUGUGGACACGCUGACCCAGUACCACACCCUGAAGGACGAGCACAAGAAGGUGCAGCUGACCAAUCAGGAGCUGCUGACCUUCCAGGAGCGCUACAACAAGAUGAAGGGGGAGUGGAACAACUGCAACGACGAGCUGAUGAAGGUCAAGGAUGAGAACUACAACCUGGCCAUGCGCUACGCCCAGCUGAGCGAGGAUAAGAACAUGGCCGUCAUGAGGACCCGCGACCUGCAGCUGCAGAUUGACCAGCUGAAGCACAAACUGAACAAGCUCGAGGAGGAGUGCAAGAUGGAGAGAAGACAGUCGCUGAAGCUGAAGAACGACAUCGAGAACCGUCCCCGCAAAGAGCAGAUCUUCGAGCUGGAGCGGGAGAACGAGGUGCUAAAGAUGAAAGUGCAGGAGCUGCAGUCUAUCAUACAGCCUGGGAAGCAGGUGCUGCCGGACACCGAGAAGGCCAUCUUGGACAUCCUGGAGCACGAUCGACAGGAGGCCCUGGAGGACCGGCAGGAGCUGGUGAACAGGGUCUACAACCUGCACGACGAGGUCCGGCAGGCGGAGGAACUCAGGGACAAGUACCUGGAGGAGAAAGAGGAUCUGGAACUGAAGUGUUCGACACUGGUGAAGGAUUGCGAAAUGUAUAAGAAUCGCAUGACCACUGUCAUGGUCCAGCUGGAUGAGGUAGAGAAGGAGAGAGACCAGGCUUUCCGUUCCCGAGACGAGGCCCAGAACCAGUUCUCCCAGUGUCUGAUUGACAAGGACAAGUAUCGCAAGCAGAUCCGCGAGCUGGAGGAGAAGAGUGACGAGCUGCACAUCGAGAUUGUGCGCAAGGAAGCCAAGAUGGUUAACCUGGAGUCCAAGUUGAGACGCGCCUUUAAGGAAAAUGGGGGUAUACCCAGAGACAUCCCCCGGACCAUCAUAUCCCCGGACCUCUCUAAAAGAGAGUGCCCUGAGGAUGAGUCUGGCGACGAGUCCGAGAUGCCGUUCAGACGCAGACCCAACCUUAAAGUGCUUCCUCGAGCAAAGUCGCCAAUCACAGCUCCCAAAUCUCCUGAAUUUCCAGUACCUGCACUGCAGACCAAUGGGGACUUUCUGGACUGCAAACCUUUAGUCGCCAGCCCUGUAAACACAAACUGCUCUAGCACGCCUGGGUCUCCGUGCAGCUCAAUCGAUAUCCUCAACAAACUUCAUCUCAGGUGUCGCAACGACAGCAUAAUGUCCACAGUCCCUGAGCCCCCGGGGAACGACUCCAUCGUCAGGAGGAAUAAGGAGGGAGAGCAGUGCUUCCUUCCCAGGAGUCCGUGUGAUUGCGACAGUGGAGACAACAUGGAACUUGGAGACGAAGAAAACGAAAGGUUCUCACACAGCCCACCCUCUGUGCACUCCUCGUCUUCCUCGCACCAGUCCGAGGGCUUGGACACGUACGAGUGGGAACAGGUCACAAACAUCUUCCGGAAGUAUUCACUGGAAAGACCGUUCCGGCCCUCCAUCUCCUCCUUCACGCGGCCCUGCAGCACCCUGCCGCCCAUGCAGUGCGCCCUGCUUCCCGGGGACUCCUUCCUCUCCGAGGUCACGCUGAUCGGAGGCAACGUCACCGGCAUCUUCGCUUCGUCUGUCCAGCCUGGCUCCAGUGCGGAGAAGGCUGGCAUUAGAGAGGGACAUCACCUCAUGCAGCUGGACGGCUGCAUUCGGGGAGAGAGCCAGAGUAUCCCAUUGGACGCCAGCACCCAGGAGGAUGCCCACUGGAACCUGCGACGGUGCGCCGGGCAGAUCCGGCUGCACUUCCGAUCCAACGACGAGGGUUACCGGAGGCUGCGGAGGGACUUGGACGAGGGCAGCCUGGUGUCGGGGGACUCCUUCUACAUCCGCCUGAACCUGAACGUGUCGGGCCAGUCGGACAGCUGCUCGCUGUGCAUCCGCUGCGACGAGGUGGUGCACGUGCUGGACACCAUGCACCAGGGCAAGUGCGAGUGGCUGUGCGCUCGGGUCGACGCCUUCACCAACAAGGACCUCGAGAAGGGAACCAUCCCCAGCUUCUCCAGGGCCCAGCAGCUCCUACUGGUGAAGAUCCAGAAGCUGAUGUGCAGGGGGAGCAGGGAGGAAGCAGACAAUAUGCACAGCCUCAGGGGACAUAACACCUUACAGCCUGAGGAGGCCACACCCCAUCCCGACUCCAAAUCAAGUCCUCGGCUGUCCCGGGCAACCGUCUUCAUCUGUCAGAUACUGCAGUUUGUAAGCAGAACUGAAAACAAGUACAAGAGGAUGAACAGCAAUGAGAGAGUUCGGAUUGUGAACGGGGGGAAUUCCACUCUCACAAAACCCAGGUCUGAUUCCCUGAAGCCGGAGGACACGGACUCGGUCAGUGACCUCAACAGCAGCUUGAGCCUGAUCCCGUACAGCCUCGUCACCCCUCACCACUGUAAACGCAAGAGGCCUGUCCUGUUUGCCCCCAACAUUCUGGCCAAAACCAUCGUGCAGAAGUUCCUUAACCUCGGAGGAGCAAUGGAGUUCACCAUGUGCAAGCCAGACAUUCUGACAAAGGAGGAGUUUCUUCAGAAAAAGAAGAUGGAGCUGAUAAUCUACUCCAAAGAGAAGCACGCCAAUACCUACGAGUACAUCACUCCCGAAAAUAUUGAAGCUGUGGCUGAAAAGAAUAAACACUGCCUGCUGGAAGCUGACCUGAACUGCGUCAAAGAUCUACUCCGGAAGGAAAUCUAUCCGAUCGUCCUCUUCAUCAAAAUAUGUGAAAAGAACAUCAGAAAAUUAAAGAGGUUGCCGCUGAAAGUGGACUCAGAGGAGGACUUCCUUAAGAUGUGCCGUUUGAAGGAGAAGGAGCUGGAGACCCUUCCUUGCCUGUACACCACAGUGGAACCGGACUCGUGGAGCGGGGUAGAGGACCUUCAGAGGGUCAUCAAGGACAAAAUCCUCGAGGAGCAGAAGAAGAUUGUGUGGGUUGAGGAGGGGCUACUUGAGGAGACGUUGCACUAACCGAAAAGCACAGUACUGACCUCCAGAACAUUAAAUGGCAUUUUUCUAGUUCUCAGGCAGUUCUCAGAAGUUCACUGUCACCGUUUCUGGUAUAAGCGGAAACCAGCACGAAGCUCACGGUGUGAACAGGAAAUUACAUCAUCAUGCCACUGGUUACGAUGUUUUUUUCUCUGCAGUGAACAGUGUGGAUAAACAAGAGGCUGUGUAGAAUGAGAGUGGAAUCUGCAGAAUGCAGAGUAACAGGGUGUCAUUAGAGCAAUGGCCUCAAAAGGACAGUCUUAAAAAUGUGUGUUAGCCCAUUACAGUCUUGCCUUCAGGGCAUGCCCAUAGAACACAAAUCUACCUACACACCACAUUUCAUAACCAGUAACACGUACUGUAAAAUGUUACCACUGUUUUCAUGCAUCUGGUCAAAAUGUAGGCUGAUAUGUACAGCAAAAUAUACCUGAAAAGAAAGACUAAAUAUUCCCUCUUAUUUGCAUAAAAACACAGCCUGAUUCCCAAGUGAAUUACGAUCACCUUUAUCGAUCGCCUGCGAGUUAAUGCUGCAUUAAUCUGAUUUAUUUUUCCUCAUAUCCCAAGGUUUUAUUUAUUUGCUGUUAUUUAUUUUUUUGUACAGCUUAGGUAUGAAUAACCCACAAUAUCACGUUAUGAGAAAACAUACUGUGUGUAUUACCAGGCCUGAGUCUUGCAACCUGGUCUAUGAUUCUCAAAUGUGCGCCAGUGUGAUUAGCAUUACAUAGGGAAGGAUAUAAAUGAAUGCUGAAGGAUCAAUUUAUUGCAUGUGCCAAUGGAAAUGACCCAUUUUCAUAUGUUAUAUGUGCGUGUGUGCCACCUUCAAACUGCCCUGCUUGGAAUUCUGUGAAAUCUGUUAUUUUUUCUGAGCCUUCAUUCCCUUCCCUCAGCAAAACCUCACAGCUGAGAUUACAGGAUUAGUUCAGCCCAUUCAUAUGAACUUCAAGGAGCUACAAUAUGUAUGGAAGUAACUCUAAAGCAAAUAGGUUUGUAGGCAUAGCACCAGUACACUGUACCAUAUUUCAUGAUAAGUAAUAUGUGUAAGAGCAAGAAAGCACUGUACAGUAAACUUAUUAAAUGCAAUAUUUUGCAAUACAAA